AAAGACCCACCUUUCAUUUCCCUCUCCUCUCCUUCCUUGCCAUCAUGGAAUAGCUUCUUAUCACUGACUGUCUCCCAAUUUUUUGUUUUAUCUAUCUCCUUCUAUCCAACAUUCCAAACGGACAAUUUCUUUGCUGUGUUGGGUUUUCUAUUCUAGGGGUUCCGAGGUGGAUCAACCAAGUGUCAAUGGUUUCUUCAUUAGUAUAUAUGAUAAUGAAAAUCUAUGCUGCUCUCUCAUGAUAUGCUAUUAUGGAGAACUGUCGUGGAUAAAUUGGGAUGCUGUUAAUGUCUAUUGCAGGGGGAAGCAAGAGAUGGAGAACUAACAAGAAAAAGGGGCUCUUCUCCCUACAGUCAGAACCUUUUCUGCUGCAAUAACUUUCUUGACUAAAUACAAUGUCGGUGAUAAGUCCAUCUUCCAUCAGCAAUGUUUCACUUGUUCCUAUAGCCUCCUAUACUAGGAAGAGCAAUAGUUCAACAAGAUUCAGCUUUUCUAGAAAACCCACUGAACAUAUACUUCAUAGCCAAGGAUUUCUUUUGCCCCUAUCAAGUUCAGUUAGGCUGUUUCCAAAUUGCAGUAAAAACUUUUUUUGUAAUCAUGGCCGUAGACUCCCAAUAUUUUCUGCCACAGGAACCGAUGUGUCAGUGGAAGAAUCAGACUCACCGGUUGCUGGUGAAGGAUUAAAUCGUAGCUCAGAACUUUCUUCCGCAAUUGCAACAAAUGAAAAGGACCCUGUUAAAUCAGAUGCUGGUACUGCUGCUCCUACUCAGUCAAAACGUUCGAGACCUGUGAGGAAGAGCGAGAUGCCAGCGGUAAAUAAUGAGGAACUCAUUCCUGGUGCAACUUUUACUGGGAAAGUGAGAUCAAUUCAACCAUUUGGUGCCUUUGUUGAUUUUGGAGCAUUCACUGAUGGCUUAGUACAUGUAUCAAGGUUGAGUGAUAGCUUUGUUAAAGAUGUUGCAAGCGUUGUUUCUGUCGGACAAGAGGUGAAAGUAAGAUUGAUUGAAGCAAACGCUGAAACUGGACGAAUUUCUCUAUCAAUGCGUGAAAGUGAUGAAAGGAAGGAAUCUUCUGCUACCAAUGAUAAACCUGCGCCUGGAAGAAAGACCUCUCCAAAAGCUAGAGGACCUAAGAGGGAUGGGGUGCAGAAGAGCUCAAAGUUUGUGAAGGGGCAUGAUUUGCAGGGGACAGUGAAAAAUAUUACUAGGUCCGGUGCCUUCAUAUCUCUUCCCGAGGGAGAGGAAGGAUUCCUCCCCAAUUCUGAGGAAGCCUUUGAAGGAUUUGGGAAUCUUAUGGGUGGCUCUACAUUAGAAAUUGGCCAAGAGGUUGAUGUUAGGGUGUUGCGGAUUGCAAGAGGACAGGUAACUUUGACCAUGAAAAAAGAAGAAGACAAUCAAACAUCGGACUCUCAGGUCAGUCAAGGGAAAGUUUUUGCUGCAACAAACCCCUUCUUGUUAGCGUUUCGUAAGAACAAAGAUAUUGCUACAUUUUUAGAUGAGAGGGAAAACGUAAAGGAAGUGGCUACAAAAUCUGUGGUCCAGAAGGUUACAGAAAUAGUAGAAGGAAUAGUUGAUGCAGAUCAGACCGUAGCUGAUGAUUCCACCGAAGUGAUAGAUGAGGCAAUAAGUGAUGAGGAAAGUCUGCCUUCUAUAGUUGACGGAGCAGUUGAAGUUGAUGAGCCUGCAAGUUCAGCUGAUUCAUCUGCUGUGACUCAAGAUGACUCGGAAAGCUUAUUAUCUACUUCAGAACAAAUUGUGGAUGACGUAGUUGAUGCGGAGGAUAAAGAAGCUGAGCGAAGUCCUGAAACAAAGGCUUCUGAUGACAACCAAUUAGCGAUAGAGCAAGCGGCUGAUAAGCCUGAAGUGUUAGAUGACCCAUCAUCUGAUGCUUUGGUCACUCAAGAUGAAGGAGAAAGCACAAUAUCUUGUUCGGAAAACAUUGUGGAUAGUGUAACUGAUACGACUGAGAAAGAAGUAGGGGGAAGUUCUGAAGUAAAGGCUUCAGAAGACGAGCAACCAGAAGAAGUCCAGGUGGUUGAGGCUGCUCAACCGAUUGAUGGACCGGAGACUGAUGAGAAAGUAAUCGCCCCUGAUGAUGAAACCAACAAUUUAGUCUCUUCAGAAAGUCCAGUUAGUGAAGAUAGUGUUGUUACGGAGAAAGAAAGUGAGGAAAGCCAAGAAAAAUUGGAAAAUGAAAUUGUUUCUGCUUCUUCAUCUGAAAAAGAAGAGGACAAACCAGAAUCUGAUUCAAAUGGUAGCAUCACGAGCUUAGGUCAAUCUAGUGAAGAAGUUGCUGAGAAUCCAGUUGAUAUCCAGGCACCUGCUGAAAACCCUGAAGUUCUCUCCUCUACACCAGUUACAGAAGAAAAGAUAGAAGCCUCUCCUGAAGUUGCAUCAAAAGCUGUGAUAUCGCCAGCUUUGGUAAAGCAGCUUCGUGAUGAAACAGGAGCAGGAAUGAUGGAUUGCAAAAAAGCUUUGGCGGAGAGUGGAGGCGACAUUGCUAAAGCUCAGGAGUUCCUCCGAAAGAAAGGUUUAGCAAGUGCAGAAAAGAAAGCUAGUAGAGCCACAGCUGAAGGAAGAAUAGGUUCCUACAUUCAUGAUGGUAGGAUUGGUGUUUUAAUAGAAGUGAACUGUGAAACAGAUUUCGUCUCGAGAGGAGAUAUCUUCAAGGAGUUGGUUGAUGAUUUGGCCAUGCAAGUUGCCGCAUGUCCUCAAGUACAAUAUGUGAUGACUGAAGAUGUGCCAGAAGAGAUGGUGAACAAAGAAAGAGAGGUUGAGAUGCAGAAGGAAGAUCUUUUAUCUAAACCCGAACAGAUGAGGUCAAGAAUCGUUGAAGGACGGAUAGGGAAGAGACUUGAGGAGUUGGCAUUGCUUGAACAACCAUACAUCAAGAAUGAUAAGGUGGUGCUAAAGGACUGGGUGAAACAAACUAUUGCAACCAUUGGAGAAAAUAUUAAGGUUAAGAGAUUUGUGAGAUUCAAUCUUGGAGAAGGCUUGGAAAAGAAAAGCCAAGAUUUUGCUGCUGAGGUGGCUGCACAGACAGCAGCUAAACCUGCUGUAACUACACCAGUAGAAGAGGAGAAGCCCGGUGUAGACGAAGCAAAAGAAACUGUUCCCAAGACUGCUGCUGUUGCCGUUCCCGCAGCCCUUGUUAAAAAACUCCGAGAAGAAACCGGAGCAGGGAUGAUGGACUGUAAGAAAGCCCUCUCUGAAACUGGUGGGGAUCUAGAGAAGGCACAAGAGUACCUGAGAAAGAAAGGCCUCUCGAGCGCUGAUAAGAAAUCUAGUCGUCUAGCAGCUGAAGGAAGAAUCGGAUCCUACAUUCAUGACUCCCGUAUUGGUGUUCUAAUUGAAGUGAACUGUGAAACUGACUUCGUGGGGAGAAACGAAAGAUUCAAAGAGUUGGUCGACGACCUUGCAAUGCAGAUCGUGGCAUGCCCAGAGGUGCAAUAUGUGUCAAUGGAGGACAUCCCAGAAAGCGUUGUCAAAAAAGAAAGAGAGAUUGAAUUGCAGAGGGAAGACCUUCAGAAAAAACCAGAGAACAUUAGGGAGAAAAUCGUUGAUGGACGGAUUUCCAAGAGGCUCGGAGAGCUUGUGCUUUUAGAACAACCUUUCAUCAAGGAUGAUAGCGUUUUGGUGAAGGAUUUGGUAAAGCAAACUGUUGCUUCUCUUGGUGAGAACAUAAAAGUUCGACGAUUUGUUCGUUUCACCAUUGGCGAAACAGUUGCAGAUGCGAAUGAAUGAAGCAGAACAGGGUACCAAGCAUGGAGAGUUAAGCUAGACAUGGGGCCAUUGUAGCAGUACAGAAGAAUAUGAAGCUAAGGUAAAACUACUUUUAUGGAAAGAAACUUGAAUAUUCAUUUUCCUCUCUUUUUUUGGUAGGGAAGAGUUGAGUUUACUAAAGCUGCUUUGUAGCAUUUUGUUCUGAGAGAUGAUAAAAGCUUCAUUCAUAUUAUUCUCUGUAUUUUGACUCAUUGAUAUGAAUGAUCAUAUUCAUCAAUUUCCUAUUAUGUGAA